AUGGCAGCUGGGACAUCACCAUCACCCUUCUUUACUUCCUUGAAUAGCCCCCUCGCAUCCCGAUCUGACGUUGUGCAAGCAUGCAAAUCACUCCUGAACCCCCUUUUGCCUUUCUUUUCUCCUGGCAAGACGAGGCUGCGACUUGGAGCUACGGCAACCCGGUACGAUGAAGCAGGCGCCCAGCUCGAAGGCUUUACACGGCCCAUGUGGGGUCUUGGAGCCUUGCUUGCUAGUGGUGAGUCGUUUGAAGGCUCUGACUUUUGGCUGGAAGGCAUAAGGAAUGGCACAAACCCCGAUCAUCCGGAAUUUUGGGGCUGGUCGAAGGAUUUGGAUCAAAGAAUGGUCGAAAUGUGCCCUCUCGGGUUUGCUCUUUGUGUUGCCCCGGACCACUUCUGGAAGCCACUCAACGAGAAAGAGCGCGAGAAUGUCCGCAGGUGGCUGGAUAUCAACAAGAAAGAGAUGCCAAAUACCAAUUGGCUAUGGUUUCGUGUUUUUGCGAAUCUGGCAUUGAUGAAGAAUGGAGCAGAGUACGAUGCUGAACGACUCGAAGCUGACCUCGACCAUCUCGACACCUUUCAUCUUUCUGGUGGCUGGAGCAACGACGGCCCACCUGACACGCUUCAGAUGGACUAUUACUCUGGCUCGUUCGCGAUUCAGUAUCUUCAGUUGUUGUAUGCAAAGUUAAAUGGUGAUCGGGAUCAGAAAAGAGCAGAAGUAUACAGGCAUCGGGCGAGAAUGUACGCAAAGGAUUUCCUUCACUACUUUGACGAGCAAGGUAAGGACACCACAUUCUAUGCAGAUACAGCUCUGUUCCUGACUGUCCUAGGCCGAGCAAUGACCUUUGGCCGAUCACUCACCUAUCGUUUCGCAAUGGCCGGAUUCUGGGCAGCUGUCGCUUUUGCAGACCUAGAACUCGAGCCACCUCUCAGCUGGGGAGUGGUCAAGGGCAUUCUCCUCCGGAAUCUAGGCUACUGGUCUCAGCAAAAAGACAUUCUCAAUGGAUCCGGGAUAUUGACCAUCGGCUAUGGGUAUCCCAACCAGUUUAUAUCCGAGAACUAUAACUCACCUGGCUCGACCUACUGGUUCAUGCUCUCGUUUGCAGCAUUGGCCUUGCCUGAGUCUCAUGGAUUUUGGCAGUGUCAAGAAGAACCAUAUCCCUCCGAUUCAAUACCGCAGAUUGUGGCACUAAUGCACCCCAAACACAUCAUGGUGAGAAAAGGAGGGCAUACGUUUCUCUUGUCUUCGGGACAGAUGUGUCACUACCCAAUGAGGGCCGCGGAAAGCAAGUACGGAAAGUUUGCGUACAGCACGGCAUUUGGGUAUUCGGUUCCCACGGGCGGCUACUUUGUGGAGGCCAUCGGAGGAGACAACGUCCUCGCGGUCUCUGACGAUGACGGUGAGACGUGGAAGGUUCGGAGGAAACCACUCAAUGCCAGGCUGGAGACUAUGGACGACACCCCAGUGUUGAUUUCUGAAUGGAGACCGUGGGCAGACAUAAAUGUUGAGACCUACCUGCUUCCUCCCACGGACGCCGCACCCAAUUGGCAUCUCCGGGUACACCAUAUCACGACAGGCAGGAGAGCCCUGAGGACGAGUGAAGGCGCCUUUGCACUGAACGGCGUCUCGCAGAAGGAUGAGCGCGAGUUACAACAGAUGGAAACAGAUAAAACCGAAGGAAGACAGGCACACAACAGCGAAGCGGUGGCUGUAACGCGGGGCGGUGCUGUUGGUAUUGUUGAGCUGCACCAACGCGAAGCCCGUGCUGGUCGCGUAUUGGACGAAGAUGCGAACAGUAACCUGAUGGAAAGCAGAUCAGUCCUACCCACCCUGGUGAUGGAUAUACCUGCGAAUGCAGAUGUUUGGAUGGCAGCUGGCGUGUUUGCCUUGCCAUCAAGUGUUGCAGAUUAUCGACAGAAGUGGCAACAGGGCUGGAUGCGGCGACCACAGAUCCCAGACUGGCUGAGAAGCAGGAUGGUCUAG